UAAUUUCCCAUAAAGUGGGCAAGAUACCGGGCGGAAAGAAACAUUGAUAAGUAAGUUGCUUGCUUAUGUUUAGGUACGAUAAGCCUUUUGAGCAAUUUUUGGACUUCCAACAACAUCGCCAUCAAAAUACACAUCGGAGGUGCAUAAACUUUGAACUCGAAUCGUGAUAAAACUACCACCAAUGGUUCGAAUAAACCCUUCACAAUCGAGUAAUGCAGCGUGUUGAGUGUAUUUCCGUGUAUGUGUGUGUGCGUGCGUGCGCACUGGGGGAAAGAAAUCCGGACAAGAAAGGUCUCCAAACACCUACAGGCGCUAUUGUGGCACCCACCCUUUACCUAACCUGCGCUGAUAAGUAGCUCCGAUAGGCGGAUAAGAAACGAUUUUGGCUAAUCUAUUGCAACGUCCAAUUGCAGGUGCCGGUUCGGUUUCAACCCACACCGCUGCGGUGACCUUCGCCGGGGGCUCGGUAUUUAAAAAGCGCUACCGAUACGGGACAAGGUAGUCAGAUCCUUGACGUUUCCCUUAGUACCACAACCAUGUACAAGUUCCUGCUCAUUGCUGCCCUGCUGCCGGCCAUCGUCUUCGGCCAGACCCCGUUCCGACCAUGCUCGGGUGGCAGGCCAACUCCGGCUUCGCUCAACAUUGAAGGAUGCACGGCUCUGCCCUGCACGAUCACGUCCGGAGCUCCGCUGGUUGCCCGCGGCAUCGGCAUCGUGUCGCCGGUCGCCACCCCCACCCUGACGGCUCAUCUGACUGCCCGCCUGCUCGGAUUGGACGUCGGUUUCGACAUCCCGGAGGAGCUGCGGGACGCUUGCGCCGUUGGCAUUUCGGGUGCUUCCUGCCCGAUCGCCGCCGGCCAGUCGUUCGACUACGAGCUGAACUAUGCCAUGGAGCUGCCGCUGGUCGGCAUUACCGUGCAGGUUGAGGUUGGUCUGACCGCUGCUGACGGCAGUGCCGUGACCUGCGUCGAAAUCGAUGCAGCGAUCGUCGGUUAAAGCAAAGCAAACCCAGUUCUCCAUUAUUAACACUACUUUCCUCCGUAAUAAACCUUUCUGAGCCAUCACAGUAA